UCCGCACGCUAGUGGCGCCGUUAUUUUCCUUAUAUUCAGGGUGUGUUUUCACGCGUACUUCAUUCAACUGCAAUUCGUCUUAAGGUGAACAUUCGACUUUAACGAUUUCAUCGCGAGUGACAUUGAAGUGAAAGCUUGUGUUUAUUUCCUAUACACCUUCGUAUGCACAACAUUUAGAACUGUAAUAAAAUCAAAAAUAAAUUUUUCAUCAAGAAGCUCUGCAAUAAUUGCAAGAAAACUGAAUUCAGUGUAAAUUGCCCUUUACGGCUAUCGAUCGGCGUACAAACUAGCAAGUUUUGAAAACAACGCGAAGCGACUGCUAUUUGAGCGGCGCCAGCUAUUUCUCUCAUCAAAAACGUUAAAACUAAAGAAGCACCGUCACCGCCGCCGAGAUGGCGUUCAUGAUGCCGGUUAUGAAGAACGAUUGGGACAUUUACAACUCGCAGCGGUCGCGGCGGACCUCGGAGUCGGCGGACAAGGCGGGCAUCGGCGGCGGCCGGGUGCGCAAGGUGUCCGAGUCGCGCUCCGAGGGGCCCGCGCUGUCCCCGCGCUCCAGCGCCGCGCUCAGCCCGCACCGCAGCGCGCCGGCCAUGCGCUCGCUGUCCUACUGCCGCGCGCCCCCGAGCCGAGUCUCCUUGCGGACAUACGAAAACCUCAAGGGCUCGGCUAGCCCGCCCAGCGUCAGCAAGGACUCGGAAAAGUUUCACAGCAGGGCGCGCGCCGACUCCCCCGAGCGACGCUCGCGCUGCGGCGCCUGCAUGCCCUACCUGUGACGCGCGCGCCGGCCCCGCGCGCUGCCCAAGGCCUCGGAGACACACCAUCUGUGAUAUGUACGCGGUGGAGGACACCAGUUGAGUACAAAUGUGUUGUUUGUGACGAUGAUGGAGCCCUAAUAGACAUCCACUCGAUUCGCUUCUAACGGAUGCAUGUUUAUGUUCACUGUUGGGAAGGUUGUUGAAAGCGAGGUUGAAUGAACUGUAUGUUUACUAGUUGAAUGUUUAAGACUGCGUUUACAUUAAGGGUUAAGUUAGAUAGCCACGGUUUGUUUUGGCCUUUUCCGAAAAGCUUGACCCUUCCGGUGGUUUAGUUAUUAUGGCAGUUCGCUAUGGAUCUGUGAUUUGUUGCAUAAGUUACAGUGUUAUUUAUUUUAUAAUAUGAGCGAAGUACCUUUAUUUAUUUUAUAUUAUUUGUAGCUAUGUCAAAACGCCGUAGAAGCCUAAAUUUCAGGACCCGUCAUGAAAUCAAGAUCGAGAAAAGCAGAUCAUGUUAAAGACCAUAAAAUCUUUUAUAUUGUUAGCUACGAUUUGAUAGACAUAGACCCAGAAAAGUAUUAAGUACUUUUGUUUACUAGUAGAUACAUAAUAGCUAAUAAAUAUAUUUUUAAUUACUAGUAAGUAAAUAAACCUAUACCACUAUUUUUAGUUACUAUAAUUUUUUAAGGGAAGCGAAUUCAAGAAAGGUUUAUUAUUGUUUUAAAUGUGCCUUCAAAUUUUUUUACUUUAAACUUAGAGUUUGUAUCGAAAUAAUGAAUAAAUAUAAUGUAGAGACAUUACACUAGUUAGGUACCUAGGUAGGUACGUUACGAAAUUAAAUACUUGCCGCGCGUCAGAAUGUUCGCUAACGCCGGCUAUACACGAUCAAGUUUACCGGUCAAGUUUGCAGCGGACUUGAAGCGGCGUCCAGUGAACUUGACGGUAUAUGAUGUCAUGCACACUAUGGCUAUCAGUUGACUGGACGCCGCGCCGCUUCAAAUCCGCUGUAAACUUGACGGUAAAAUUAAUUAGUAGGUAUGGGCAGCAUAACAAUAUUUUGACAAAAGAUUUUGUACAAAUGUUUUGAUUUGUAAGAAACUCUACUUAAUUCUUUUAAACUGCAUAAAACUUGUUAAAAUCGGAUUCUGAUUAAGCAGAUUUUUAAUGGUAUUCAAAAAUUAGUGGUGUGUAACUAUAACUCCUACCUAUUAUGCAGUAUAAGUAAAUAUACAGUGACAUUAUUGAUGUAGGCCUUAAUUUUGUUACAUAAAGUAUGAUUUUAUGUGAUGCUAACUUUGACUGUGUAAAUGGACCAGCUUUAUUAAAAUUAAGAAAAACGUAUUUUCAGUAUAACUGAGCUAGUGACGUAAAGUGAUUGUAUUGUAAAUGUAGGUUCUAUUUUAAGCGGCGAAGUAUUUCAAAAAUGCAUCUAGAUAAGGAUUAUUCUGCAAGUUCCUUCUUUAAAAUUACAGAACUGCCAUAUUUCUUACAAUAAAGGUACUAUUUGUCUACGAAUGUGGUAAUACGUACUUAUUUUCAGUAACGUUAGCCAUACACGAUCAAAAGUACCGUAAAGUUCACCGUACGGUAGGUGUAUAAGUUGACGGUGUAUGGCUUCAAGUAUGCAUGAUGCAAACUUGACCGGUAAACUUGAUCGUGUAUAGCUAGCGUAAGACGCGCAAUAAGAUUGGCUGCCAGAGCUCAUAGCUACCUAAUAUGGUAAUUUUUGCAAAAUAUUACAUCAGGUUACAUCAAUGUUUCAAAACUUGAUUAGAACCUAGACGCUCUUUGAGUCGCAAGACGCAUUCUACAAACGAUAUAAGUACCUAAAAAGCCAACAACUGAGAAGGGUUGUGAAGAAGGCAGAAGACCUGUAGUCAGUCUGUUUGUGCGAGUCUUGUUUUAAUAAAACAUUGCAUGUACUUAUAUUCUGUAUUUUGUCGAAUCUGAUGAUUUUCUAAAUAUAUUGCUUAUAUAUGCUAU